AUGUAUGGUGAUGACCCUAUAGUAUUAACUGAUCUUAAAAGUGAACUAGACUAUGUGAAGAAUCUAAUGGAGAGACGUGAAAUAGAAGAAACAACUUUCACCGAGGGAAGUGAUGGAACUGUGAACAUUUCAGGUCCAUCAGGAAGCACAACCACCCCGGGAGUAGAUUUCGUAGAAGAUCCAAACAAUGUACUUCCAGACGUACUAGAUGCAUUCAACGAAUCAUUUGACGCUGACUGGGAUGAAAUAGAAGCCCGCCUAGAGAAACUAAAUAAGAUUUCAACAGAAAAUAAAAAGAGAGAUUUCGAAAACCAAGUGGAGCGUGUUCAAGCUGUCGCGAGAGUUAUUAAAGGUAAGGAGGGACUAAUAUUAGACCCUAAGAAUAAAUAUGUUAGGGAACUCAUCAAGAGAUCAUCUGUAAGAACACUCAAGGAUAGCACAGAGGUGUUGGUAUUUAGAAGUGAACAAGGUAUUGACAAAAGUGGCACACAAAUAAUGAAACGUGGUAAGACCAGUAAACCUGUGUACUCCAAGAACUCCACUGCAUUAAGAGAAUACAAGGACCUUAUAAAGAAAAUAAAAGAGGUACCUACGAAUCCUGACAAUAUAAUUGGAAGUGAUGAGGACACUAGAGAAGAGCCGCAAUUUGAUGACAGUGAUGAGGAAUACGCUGACCGUGAGAAUAUUGAGUUAAUAGACAUAAGUGCAAAACUAGGAGAUCUUCCUGGGUUAACAAUGCAAGAAAACAAUGAACUAAGAGGUGUUCUUAACCCACCUGAUGGAUCAAGCAUAGAAGGCAGAACAGGUCCCAAUGGAGCGUUGCAAAUACAAGCCGACUACUUUAGCGAAGCUAUUAAUGAAACCGUGAAACAAGCCGGCUCUGUGGAAGGUGUAACUGAGUACAAUGCUCUUAUAGAAAGAAUUGAUAGUCUAAAGGAAGCUAGGGAUAGGACACUGGAGCAGAGAGUAGUAGAGGAAGCAAGAGAGGCACGAAGAUAUUUCUAG